UCGAGAUUAGGUGUGCCAAGCUUUUGAUGUUAAUUGACUGAUAAACGGUCAUUUUUUAGCACCAAAGGCGAGCUCCUCAUAUAUUCAAGUCUUAAGGCAACACACAUGUUGAUAAUAAUUUUUUUUUCUUGUGGAUUGUUUUUAAUGUCGUUCAGUGUGUUCCUGAACAAGAAUCGCAGCAAGUUUCAGAGUUGCAACUAAAUCCAUUCGGUCUGUUUAUUAUUUCAGCUCCCACAUGGGUAGUAUUGCGCAAUAAGUUUACUAAAGCAAAUUUUUUUAUUGGAUUUUGAUUUACAAGUAAUUACAUAAUUGAUAUUAUUUCAGAUUAGUUACUAAAUUAAAGAAUGUAUCAUGUCUAAGGCUACGAAAAGGAAACACGUGACAAGGGAGGUUAUCGAAGAAUUCAGGUUACCAAGAGAAGAUGAGACGAUAGUUCAGGUUUCAGCUGGUCGUGGGAACAACCUUCAUGAAGUCAAGGAUCAGGAUGGAACAGCGUUCUUGGUAUCUAUGCCGACCAAAUUCAGGAAGAAUGUGUGGAUCAAGAGAGGAGAUUAUGUUCUCGUCUCCACCAUAUCUGAAGGGGAUAAGGUGAAAGGGGAGAUAUCAAACAUCCUGUACAAGGAGCAGAUCAAGUAUAUAAAGUCACAGGGGGCGUGGCCGGACAAGUUUGAAACUGCUCCACCCACAGAUGAUCUGAAGAGCUUAGACCUGGAGGAAAGAGGUUCAGAGGAUAGUGAAGAGGAUGAUGAUGAUUUGUUUAAGAAUACAAACAGGCCUGUACAGGAUUCUUCGGAAGAAGAAAGCACUGAUGAUGAAGAUCAAAAAUCAGAAGAAGAAGAUUAAACUAGAUUAAAUAUUAAGUUCAAAGAAGAAAGCUCAUCCGCUCGGCUCUGUCCCAGGGCUUUAAAAAUUGACUUAAAAGAGAAGAAUUUUUUAAUUGAUAAACGGUUGAAAUACAGGGAGUAAAAAGAUUAAUUUUGUAGAUUAACAAGUAUAAUAAUUAGUUGGGGUCAUUGACAAUUUUUUAGCUUGCUUUUAUACUUUAUUUAAUAAUUGCAGAAUGUAUUAUUUUUCCAUAUUUAAGAAAAUAAAUAUUAUUUCUUUAUAAA